CGUUCUGUGUCCGUUCUGUGUGCGUUCACGACUGCGAUAUGAGAUCGAAAGUUGGCAUGUGGUGAUCUCAGAAGUCAAAGAAUCUCCAAAAGCCUCUCUGCUAGAUCUAAUCCCUCGCAACGGUUACAUCUUUCUUUGUGCUCGUAUUACACCCUCUAAAUUCUCGGAGUUCAGAUCUGAGAGAUCGUUUACAGUGGGCUCUAGGACAAUGGACUUUUCGGCUCUGAGUAUUCUGGGCAAUGCAUUAGGUUGGGUCAAAGUUACAUUUGAUGCUCCUCUUGCUCGAGCUGUUGUGUUUGGAGUUCAUAUUGAUGGGCAUCUUGUUGUGGAAGCUCUUCUACUGAUAGCCAUCCUUUUCCUACUACUCCAAAAGAGUUAUAAGCCCCCUAAACGACCUUUGACAGAGAAGGAAAUAGAUGAGCUUUGUGAAGAUUGGGUUCCUGAAUCUCUUAUUCCUCCUCUCACAGAUGAGAUGAAAUAUGAGUCCCCAGUAUUGGACAGUGCUGCAGGGCCACAUACGAUAAUUGACGGAAGGGAAGUUGUGAACUUUGCAUCAACAAAUUACCUUGGGCUGAUAGGAAAUGAGAAGUUACAUGAGUCAUGUACUGCAGCACUGGAAAAAUAUGGUGUUGGAUCUUGUGGUCCUCGUGGUUUCUAUGGAACAAUUGAUGUCCACAUUGAUUGCGAGGAAAGGAUUUCAAAGUUUUUGGGAACUCCUGAUUCAAUACUGUAUUCUUAUGGGAUUUCUACUAUGUUCAGUGCCAUUCCAGCCUUAUGCAAGAAAGGAGACAUCAUCGUAGCGGAUGAGGGUGUCCACUGGGCAAUACAAAAUGGUCUUUACCUUUCCAGAAGCACUGUUGUGUAUUUCAAGCACAAUGAUAUGGAGUCCUUGGGAAAUACAUUGGAGAAAAUUAUUCGAGAAAAUAAGCGAGCAACCAAGGUGCGGCGUUACAUCGUGAUUGAAGGUUUAUACCAGAAUUCUGGGCAAAUAGCUCCACUAGAUGUGAUUGUCAAAUUGAAAGAGAAGUAUCGAUUCCGUGUCUUAUUGGAUGAGAGCCACUCAAUUGGUGUGCUUGGAGAUUCAGGAAGAGGUCUUUGUGAACAUUAUGGAGUUCCGGUUGAGAAAAUUGAUGUUAUAACUGCUGCUAUGGGGAAUGCCUUGGCUACAGAUGGAGGAUUCUGCACUGGAAAUGUUAAAGUCGUAGAUCACCAACGUCUUGGUAGCUCAGGGUAUGUUUUCUCUGCAUCGUUGCCUCCUUAUCUUGCAAGUGCUGCUAUUGCUGCAAUUGAUAUCUUGGAAGAUAAUCCUCAUCUAAUCACAAAGCUCAAGCAAAACAUUACUCUAUUAUUGGAAGGUUUGUCGGACGUACCAGGCCUGUCAAUUGCAAGUAACCCACAAUCUCCCCUUGUCUUCCUCAAGCUAAAACGUACGACAGGGUCCUUAAAGAACGAUUUACAGCUGCUUGAAGAUAUUUCCGAUCGUAUGUUGAAGGAAGAUUCUGUGUUUGUAGUGGCUUCCAAAAGGUCUACACUUGAUAGGUGUCGCCUACCUGCUGGGAUCCGGUUAUUUGUUUCUGCUGCCCAUUCAGAAUCUGAUUUGCUGAGAGUGUCAGAGUCAUUAAAGAAAGUUGCAGCAUUAGUGCUGCCAGAUUACAACUAACAGGUGCACAUCUAUUUUUUUGUAUUUGCAAUCUUGUUUAUGUUGACAAUGAAGAAAGGUGAAGGAAGGCUGAUGGAAACUAAUAGAAUUUAAUUCCUUUUUUUGAUUGAUGCCAUACUUUUGUACUUGUAGCAUGUAUAUAGAGUUAAAACUAUUUCUGGGGUAAUGAUCAUUUAAAAGUUCCUUGUGUUUGAGAAAA